AUGUCGGGCAGAGGGCGAUCCUGCAUCAAAGGUGAUUUAUAUCACGUAAACUUGGGAAUCAUGACUGUUCUUCGGGCAUACAAAAUGCAUCAACUGGACAACAAUUUUGACUUUGCGGUGGCGAUGGAAGUGACGGCAGCGGGAAAAUUCGACGACAUACUGUACAACUGCUCGUCGCCACGGCUGGGGACCUGCAGUUUUUGUAUACAAGUAAAAUAUAAACAGAAUACGGGAUCUAAGAUAGAAGAAGAUGGUCUCUGCUCUGCCUGGGACAGCAAUGCAACUUUUUCGAUUCCUAGAUACUUUGUGUCGUUUCUCGAGAUCGACCAGAAGCUGCCCAACGAUGCGCGUUACGUCCUGUGUAAUAACAUUGAACUCCAUAGGAAACUUCAAACCUAUUUUAAGGUAAUAACUCCUCAGCAGGUUCUUUAUUCGCAUUUUUGCACAGGUAUAGGAGCAACGGGUUACCAGUUUGAUUGGAACAAACCUUUCCCAACUCUGAUUGCUGCCUUUAAAGAUUCAUGUCUCGAUAAACUAGGAAAGGAAUUCGCCCAAACCGUCUUUAAUGAUAAGGUAAUUGCAUUUAACGACGCACUGUUUAACAUACAUGCCAAUUUGAUUUACGAUUUUAUAGAGCCAUUAGAACAUGAAUCAAGCGAUACUGUGUGCUUAUACAAGUUAAAGGAAGCCUUUUUUAAUGAUAAAACCAAACCAAUAGAAAAGUUUCGAACGGCUUUUGAAAAAGAAUGGACAAUACUUUGCAAGAAGAAACCACAGACGGGUAACAAUAAAAGGGCGAAUGAGUUGAAACUCAAGAUCGAUAGGAGUUCGUUCAUAACUGCCAGAAACACACCAGACCACGACAAGUUUGAUGAGAAAGUACGCGAAUUCUACAGCAAAUUUUUGCUUGUUUGUAACUCCUUUAAUGAGGAAAAGCUGCGUGAAGAAUCAAUUACUCUACUGUCACAGUUUUGCAAUGCUGAACACGGAAAAAUAUUUGACCAGUUGCAGGGAGAACUGUUGGAGGCAAUGAAAACGAAAAAACACGUACCCCUGGAUCUUAAGUUUUGGCAAAAUUAUUUUGUUCGUAUCGAUCAUACCCAACAACUUUAUGACUUGAAGCGUUCUUCACAAGCGUACCUUGAGUCGGUACACGAAAAACAUCCUCACAUUGAAAUCAAUCCGGAAUGUAUAAAAAUGUCUAAACUGUUUGAGUUUUUGAAGGGCGACUCUGGCUGUGGAAUUUAUGAGUUUAAAAGUACGCUUGAUUUGACAGUAAGCUCUCGCAUUCUAGGUCAAGCGCUGUCACAAUUACAACAUGAAACAAUAAUUGUUGAAGGUACAAGUGAAGGUAUGAAUAUCCUCGAAGAUUUGCUGCCGUAUCUCAGAGAUGUGAAGCCUCCAACUAUCAAAGUGAUAACGAUACUAGACAAACAUGGCCUUGGAUCCGUUAUAGUAAAUAAGAAACUAUCAGAAAAACAUUGUCAAAAGAUUGUUGUUGUACAGCAGUGGUCAAGAAGUUCCCAAAACGAAGAGGUUUUUGAGCAAAUUCAGGUGAAGGAUCUCUCAGAUGCAGCAUUGAGUCAGUUGUAUACACCAAAAGAACUUACGAUGUUCGGUACUGCUACGCCACUGAGCAGCAUUGUGGGAGAAACGGACGAUCUGAGUUUGAUGUUAAAUGUAUUGGAGCUCUGUGAUCAACCGAAGCUAAUGCAAAAUCGCAAUUUGAAUGCACAGAAUUAUGAAAACAUUAAACAAUGGUACAUUCAGCGCCAUUUUGUGUCAUAUGAGCAGGAAGGUACGAAGGAGGAAGGAUCUAAUCUAGAAACUUUAUGGUUUUCGGAUAUAAAGAAAUUUCUUACCGAGCACGAAGAAGAGCUCCAUCCACCUGGUCUUGAUGAUAGUGACGGUGGGAAGGUGUGUAUCUUCCUCAACGAUGCAGGCCUCGGUAAAACAACCUACUUCACCUGGUUAGCCUGGCGUUUAUCGAUUCUUGAUCCAUCUCUGUUGGUGAUAAAGUUUAUCGCGAUGGAGUAUUCGACCGAUUUCAAACGAUUGUUAGGUAGAAAUGUACAAAAUCUUGAAGAUACACAGAUUGUGAGGUUAUUAUAUUGCUAUAACCAUUUGGCGUUGUUCGUACCGUGUAUUAGCAAGCGUACGAUCACCGAGAAGGAUGUAAUUAGAAGCGAGGCCGAGCGUUGUGCAGAACUGUUGACACUCGACAGCGAACGUAAAAUAGUCCUUGAAAAGACAAAUAAGCUCUCCACGGAGGAAUUAAUUGAGUUACGCUUGUUCCAGGAAAAGUUUAACAGUCGAAAAAUCGUUUUAAUUCUAGACGGUUUUGAUGAGAUCGCGCCAUGCUACAAGGAUGUGGUCAUGAACUGUUUCGCACGAUUCUCUACUCUUGAUGGUGUUCGAUCGUUGUACCUGUCCAGUCGACCGUAUGGAUUUGCAGAAGAACUCAGGAGGACGUUUGUUGAAUGUCGAUUUUAUCGACUAAAACCAUUUUUGGGGAAAGAUGUCAUGCGUUCAUUACACAAAUUUCUUUUUUAUAAAUUAGACGAUUACGAACAAUACGAAACGAAUCAUCGCUGCGAUGUACUGAAUAAUCUGUAUAAAAUUUUAAAAGAUGUUUUGAAAGAUAUAAAAGCUGUUCCUCUGUUUCUGUACAUUAUACAGACUAUCCUUUUACCCGUGAUUAAGCAACAUGUAAAUAAAGAGACACAUACAAUUUCGAAGCAUAUGUUAGACAGUAUAAAAGUUGAUAAGCUUCAUCUGGUUGAAGAAGUUAUUAAGAGAAAGGUUCAUAUUUUAAUGACUGCUAAAAUUGGCUUAAAUAAAUCAGCGACGGUUGCAGCCGAGAUGGUUGAACAAUCAUUGUUAAGAGAUGUAAAAGAACGGCAUAUGCUGAUGGCCAUGUACGUUUUCUUCAAUGAAAACGAUUUAAAAAAUAUGUUGGAACAGAAGCACAGGGAUCGUGCUGAUGAGAUAAUGAAGAAAGUGAACGAAGCCGAUGAAAAAACGGGUAUCGUCAUUGUAGUACAAAAUGGAGUGCCUCAGUUUCUGCACCGAAGUUUUGCAGAGUACUACUGUGCUUGUUGGUUGUACGAAAACCGGGAAAGAUUUGAGCGUAAGAGUAUUUUUCCCCCCCCAACGAUGUGGUCGCGUUCUUUCAAGCAAAUUCGUGAAUUUUUUGACCGAUUUGUACUUAGAGAAAGCGAAGAUUGUGAUUUGCAUAUGGCAUUGGUGAACAGAUCAUACGAACAGAUCAAUGAGAUAAUGCGAAAUAAUCCUGCUGCUUGUACUGCCCGAGAUAAAGUUGGACGCUUACCAUUGCAUUUGUUAGAUUACACAUCCAUUAGAACCUUGGAAAGAAUAUUAUCGGUGACGCCUCUUAACCUUAUUAAUGAAAAGGAUCAGCUUUUAGGAUGGAAUGCUCUUGAUUAUGCAUUUGUUUUUGAAGAUUGGAAUUUUAUAGCAAAAUUCUUCAAAGGUGUUCAAAGCCCGUUCAACCUAAUGCAACCUAAUAUGGACAAUUUGUUCCAGCAAGUGUGUUCCAAUGAUUUAGAAGCAUUACUUGUGAAAGGAAACAAAUAUGUGAACAUACUUGAGCAAUAUUUAAAUCGUACGGACUUAGCAAAACUCAGCGAACGUGUGGCAAAGUAUCUAGUUGAAAAGAAGCAAAUUGAUGUUCAUUCUCCACUUGCAGCAUUAAAUUCUUUAUCGGUGUUGGAAAGAGUUGUACCUAUGGACAAUCUGCUUAUGUUUCGUCAGUUAGUUACAGAAUCAGGCUCGCAGUCAUUGACUAAUGAUCGGGCCAUCCGAUUGUUACAGCUAUCGUUGAAGGAAAAAGCUUUAAAAAUUUCACGAUAUCUUAUUGAACAACAUCCCUGCCUUGAGCCCAUGACUACUGGCAACCCAGACUUAUUCUAUCGUGCUGAAAAAGCAAUUGAAAAUAAUCACAUGGAAUUGUUUAAAACGAUCUUUAGCCAGUUCUGCACCGAUCAGCGUAUUGAAUGUGUUGAAGAGGAAGAUUUUAUCAAUGAAUUUGUCAUCAAUAAAGACAACACGCUUAAAAUAGAUAUUCCAUUUAAAAAUCAUUGCUGUCAAAAAUCGUUUCACGUAAAUGUGGAUUUCAAAAUAACAGGAUUGUUGGGUUUAGUGAUACACCACGGCAACGCACAAAUGGUUAAUUACAUGCUUAGGAAGACGGAAAUGGUGCUUACGGUUGAAUUAAUUAUCGUGAUUUUGCAACAAUUUCAAACACAUAAUUCUGGCAAUGAAAAUCAUGAAAACUGUAUGUCUGCAUACCAAUGUCUAUUCAACAAGUUCUCAGAUGUUGAAAAAGCAGGUCUGAUUAAGCGUCUAAUAAACAGACAAUUAGUUUGCGUGUACAUGUUGCCCAGCUUGAUUCCGAUUGGUUUUGUUCCAAAAGAGUUGAAUAUUAAAACUGCGCGGAUGUGGUUUGAACUACUUUUGUGCAACAAUCGUGGAUAUUCUUCGGCCAAUAUACUUGUGUACCUUCAACACCGAUUGAUUGUGGAUUGUUUUAAUAUCGAUCGGGUAACAUGUGAAAGUAUUUUUGACUUGGCAAUUACCAAGGAGAAUUUCAUAACGACACAAGCGCUAAUUGAAUACAAAUUCGGCCCAUACGAAACAGAUCUUGCUCAAACAGAAAAAGAAAAUGUUGUUGUAGAAUUACUGCAACGACUGUCACAUAAGAUUGGAAAAGAAAAAAUUCUUUCUUUUUUAAGAUCAGCUCUUGAGAAAAGUUCACCUCAAGGUGAAAUGGAAAAUGAAACAUGGCAUUCAGUCUAUACCUCCAUCGUCCAUUGCAACCGGAUUGUUUGA